AUGAAUUCAAAAUCAUCAAAAACUCAUUCGGUACAAUACAACAGUCCAGGAUCAAUCCCAAUCAAACUUCAAGUCUUCCUCACCCCCACCUCCCCCAACCAUUCCCCCACCACGACCCCUAUCCAACUCCAAAAAUUCAUCGAAGACCAAUAUAGGACCGUACUUCAAGAAGAACUAAAAAUCAACCGAAACCCCACCCUUCCCGACCUGCGUAUCCAUGUUGCGUUAUAUUUCUUACGGGGGAACAUAAAAGGAUUAUCGGUGUUUGAUAGAUUGAUGAUGCAGCAUUUAGGACCUAGGGUUAAUUUAGUGCCAGUGUUGGCGAAGGCGGAUGGAAUGACGAGGGUGGAGUGUGGGGAGGUGAAGAGGGUUGUGUUGGAUGAUAUUGAGAUGAGUGGGAUAAAGAUUUUUAAAUUUGAUGAGGGAGUGGGAGGAGAGGAGGAAGGGCAUAGGGAUGGGGAUGGGGAGGAGGUUGAGUAUGUGAGGUAUUUGCAGUCAUGUUUGCCAUUUGCUGUUAUUGGUGCUAAUAAUAUUGAAGAGAGAGAGGAUGGAGGUGAAGGUAAGAAGAAGUUAGUUAGAAGGAAUAAGUUUGGUGAUAUUGAUAUUGAAGAUGAAAGGAUUUGUGAUUUUAAAUUAUUAAAGAAUAUAUUAUUUGGAAGUCAUUUACAAGAAUUUAAAGAUAUUACAAUUCAUAAUUUAUAUGAACAAUUUAGAGCACAGGAGUUGUCGAAGCAAGCAACAACUACAACAAUAACUGAAUAG